UCCAGUUUGAUAGACUGGUGGUGAUGGUAAUGUACUGGAUCCCAGUGAUGCAGUAACUUGUCCAGUCCACCCUCAGAUUGUGUAACGUGUUGUUUUGUGUGUCUUCAGUCUGUCAGGAUGUCUGGUCACAGAGGAAGGCUGUGCUUCUCUGGCCUCAGCUCUGACAUCCAACCCCUCCCAUCUGAGAGAGCUGGACCUGAGCUACAAUCAUCCAGGAGACUCAGGAGUGAAGCUGCUGUCUGCUGGACUGGAGGAUCCACACUGGAGACUGGAGACUCUCAGAUGGUUGGAGGAAGUUCUUAUCGGCCUUUUAGGUUUUAUUGCACUGACAGUAAAGUUCAGUGAUAGUUGUCGUCGACUCCAGUAAUCUUCAGUUCUCUUAAUAGUGACACGUCACCACAAAUAAAUCAGUGUUUGUGUGAGAAACGAUUCGUCGACGGCGUCGAUCAUGGCGACUAAUGGAAGGCGUCCCUCUGGGACAGGAAGAUGAAGAACCUUGAUGAAAGAGGAUGAGGAAGAAAAGUGGACAGAACACGACAGUGAAUGUUGUUUCCAUUGAUGAUGUGAUGAGAAUCGAUCUGGGUUUUCUCCUCUCACGAUAUCGGUCCAAUAAACCUGAUGAUGGAUUUCCAGCAUCUGCCUCUCUGUUGGAAGCGGCUCCCUGGGGCCUGAUACGACAGGAGCCACGACUUGAAUGUGACAAAGUGUUUGCAUUUCAGUUUUGUGAAAUAUUGCUUUGUCUUCAGCAGCAGUGUAUUAAGCAGGUGAAUGGAAACACACCUGUAGUCUCCAUAUACUGCAGUAGAGUGAAGGAGCACGGUCGAUGUUUCCUCUGCUGUGUGUUCAUGUAUGUGUGAGGAGCUCCGCCCCGCUGUCAUGUGAACAGUAACCGACACAGAGAGAAGAGGAAGAAGUGAUGGAAUCAAACCAGAGCGACCACGUUUGCUCUAAGUUCAGGUUGUAGGAAGCUCCAGGUUACAGGUUCCUCCAGGGACAGAGAGAGAAACAGAAGCAGCGCCUCUUACUGAGACACAACAGUAGAGAAUGAGUGACCUGUGUGUGUGAGAGCCAUGUAAUGUCCAUGUCUGCAUGCUGGUCUGACCCCCCUCCUCCUUUCAGGGCGGAGCCUGGUGGAGUCCCAUGGUUGACUCCAGGUCUGAGGAAGUAUUCCUGUGAACUCACAAUCGACACAAACACAGUUCACAGACAGAUCAAACUGUCUGACAACAACAGGAAGGUGACACAUGUGGUGGAGGAUCAGUCAUAUCCUGAUCAUCCAGACAGAUUUGACCUUCGACCUCAGCUGCUGUGUUCAACUGGUCUGACUGGUCGCUGUUACUGGGAGGUCGAGUGGAGAGGAGGGGUUCAUAUAUCAGUGAGUUACAGAGGAAUCAGCAGGAAAGGAGACAGUAAAGACUGUGUGUUUGGAUGGAACGAUCAGUCCUGGAGUCUGAGCUGCUCUAAUGAUGGUUGUUACUUUGUCCGGCACAAUGAGGAAAAAACACGCCUCCUCUCCUCUUCCUCUUCCUCUUCCUCCUCCUCCUCCUCCUCUUCCUCCUCCUCCUCCCCCUCCUCCUCCUCCUCCUCCUCCUCCUCCUCUUCCUCCUCCUCCUCCUCCUCCUCCUCUAACAGAGUAGCAGUGUAUGUGGACUGUCCUGCUGGCUCUCUGUCCUUCUACAGAGUCUCCUCUGACUCACUGAUCCACCUCCACACCUUCAACACCACCUUCACUGAACCUCUGUAUCCUGGGUUUGGACUCUGGUAUCAUGGGUCUGUUUCUUCUGUGUGUCUGUUGUAGACAGAACCUCCUCCUGUUGGAGAAACUGUCUCACUGCUGCCCAGAUAGUUCAGUCUGUACAGGAUCACACACAGCUGAUGUUAUUUAAAACCAACAUGGUUUCCACAUGGUUUCCAGUUUGUUGUUGUUUUCUGUGACAGUCUGUCGUUAACGAUUGCAGAUGUAUCCAGAGGUUUUCCAUGUAGAUCCUGAACAUCAGGCACAAACAUGGUCUGCAUGGAUCACUUCAUAGAUUUUCAUACUGAACAGCAACAUAACAUCACGUCACUGUUAACAUGUCAUACAAACAACCUCCUGUGUCUCUCUGCCCAUGUUUGGCACUGGCAACAACAUGAGCAAAACUCCACACAAGCUAAAAUCAAGACUCAGCUGUGGAGACAAAACCAAAGAUUUAAAGUGUUGGUCUGGAACAACUAGAAAUCAGUCACAGAGGAGGAGCCACAGAAAAAUGAAGAGAGAUAUAUUCCCUCAGAACUACAGUGUAUAACCUUACUGGUAUUUUACACUUUUAACUGGUGUCCUGUUUUUCCUCCUGUAUAUUUUACCUUUGCUUUUAUUUGAUGUAUUUUCAUUUCAGUUCUUUCACUUGAUUGUGAAGCUCUUCAUGUCUGUGACAAAUGUUUUAUAAGUAAUAAUACUGCUGAACGGCCGAGUUGAAGACAAUCCAGUGGUCUUCCUGUAAAUAACUGUGUUGCUUUGGGACCAUAGACUGUAAAUUUCACACGGUUCCAACUGAACAAAUUAUCACUAAAUAUAAAUAACAAUAAUAUAUUUCUUCAUAUUUGCAGGAAGAGCAAAGUAUUAUAAAAAUGACGCCAAGCUCUUUAUUGAGGGAAAAGAAAUUCACAGAGUAACAUCCACUAAAAAGUUGAUGAUAAAUGUUGCAGAACUACAUCAAUAUUAUUGAAAAUCAGUGGGUGAAAUCGACUCUUAAAAUAUGGAAAAAUGUUGUAAAACAAUAUAAACUAGAGGGAGAUAUGUUAGUCCUUAAAUUGUGUGCAUACCACUCAGAUUUUACACCGAAUAGAUUGGAUACUACAUUUAAGGACUGGUAGCUAAAGGAAUAACAGUUUUAUGUCUUUUUAAAGAGAAACACUAACUAGAAAAACAGGACGACUAUCAAUAUCUGCAAAUACUACAUGAUGUUAAUAUGAAAAACCUGAUCAGGUACUCUAUCACACCUGCCCAAAAAUCCCAUUAUGAUAAUAGUCUCCCUUUUUGCUGGAGAAACUGUGGAAGUCAAAAUGCAAACCACUGCCAUGUUUUCUGGGACCUUGUCAUCAAAGACUGUUGGAGAAGGAAACACAAGGCCCUACAAGACAUUCUGAAAUACAUAAUCCAUAAUUAACACUGUUUGCUUUGGACAUAUAUCUCAAGACUGGACAAAACUAGAGAAAUAUUUAAUGAAUAUCCUGCUGAGAGAUUAACAGCUUUUAUCAACCAUAAAUUGGAAAAAUGUAUUGUAUACUGGGAAAAACUGAUUCAUUAUGUAAAGUCACUACGGCUGGAUUUUAGUUUUACAAACCAAUAACCGCUAUAGAGAAAAGAUCACUCUCUAUCUGCUCAUGUUUUCUUUGUUUGUUUCUUCUUUUUCCAUGUAUGUAUAGGUAAAUACAAAUGUCAUAAAUUCAGUCUCAAGUGUGAAAUACAUUGUAUGGAAUUAUUAUA